UUUUCAUUGCAGCAAAAGUUCAACGCCAGAACACCACCACCACUGCAGCUGCUGCUACUAUCAGAUUACGAUACUGAACCAUCCAUCGCCUCCACACCCGUCUGAUUGAUACCGCAUCUUUGAUACCUUUCACAACGACACACUUCUCGACCCAACUAGAACAGCACACCAUCAGUGACACAGACAACGAAUUGCCAACAUGGUCCGCAAGCUCAAGCACGCGGAACAGAAGCUUCUUCGGAAGACCGACUUCAUCAACUACAAGUCGGACAACAAGCACAGAGAUCACGAUGUCGCCAGACGGUACAUGAUUCAGAAGCCCGAGGACUAUCACAAGUACAACAGGAUGUGCGGUUCCCUCCGCCAACUCGCCCAUCGUCUCAGUUUGCUUCCUCCAGACAACGAGGUGAGGCGAAAGCACGAGGAGCUUUUGCUCGACAAGCUUUACGACAUGGGAAUUCUGUCGUCCAAGUCGAAGCUGUCGCAGGUGGAGCACCAGGUCACAGUCUCGGCCUUUGCCAGGAGGCGACUGCCCGUCGUCAUGACCAGACUUCGUAUGGCCGAGACCGUGCAAGCAGCGACCAAGAUGAUUGAGCAGGGCCAUGUCCGUGUGGGUGUCGAAGAGGUCCGUGAUCCUGCUUUCCUGGUGACGAGGAGUAUGGAGGACUUCGUCACUUGGUCUGUCGGCAGCAAGAUCAAGCAGAACAUUAUGAAGUACCGCGACAAGUUGGACGAUUUCGAGCUUCUUUGAGUGGCGGAAGAGCAUGGCUGCGGGCAUAUCAGGAAGUGGUAAUGGUACGUUGGGAGCUAAGGCUGGAAAAUGGAUCACUGGGAAAGGACAUACUACUGCGUUGUUUGCAAGUUGGCAUUGGGAGGAGUGCUCAUAUGCGAGCAAUAUUCUGUGGCGUUUUAGGGUAAAGGCAUUCAAAAUAUGUGAAAGGGAUUUUAAGAUACCACCAUUCGGGUUUACAGGUCAAUCACUCGGAGUUGCGGAAGUGUACCAGCUGCGGGCUCCCCACUCGAACUUGCAGUGUCUCACUGUGACCAAAGCCUGGUGAGUCUUCCUUCCGAACCACUACCGACUAAUAGCCGACAAUAUCACUGGCAUACUUCUGGG